GACAUUGACAUACAGACUACAAAUGUAAACAUUUAUAGCAGUAGCAGCUAUUGAUUGAGUCUUUACUUGUCUCUAUCUAUGGAUUGAGUCCAAAUAAGAGAGAAAUGAGUCAGCCCGAAUCGCUUGCUGGGGUUCAAGAGGCGGAAAAUGCCCUCAAGUCUUUGCAAAUUGGAGCAGAAACUGACGCAAAGAAAGGCGAUAAACUCAAAGUGGAUAUACUCCUCAAGCCCACAGGCAAUGCCCCCAUAAUGAAGAAAAAGAAGUGGACAGUGGAAAGCGACAAGCCAGUGGGGUGGAUUAUCGAGUUUGUAAAAAAGUACCUCAAGCUGGACUCUAAUGAGAAACUGUUUGUUUAUGUGAACCAAACUUUCGCUCCUGCUCCAGACCAGACUGUGAAGAACCUUUACGAGUGCUACAAUGCGGACAACAAACUAGUUCUCCACUACUGCACUACACAGGCUUGGGGCUAAUUCACAGCCAGAAUGAUAUUGUACAUACUUUUACUCUUAUAUCCUUAAUAGUUCACUUGCCGCAUUUACCAUUAGAAAACUUCAACACCA